CGCAGCUCACUGCAGCUCCUGGGCGGCUCGGCGCGGGAGGAUGCUGGUCCGCAGGGGCGCGCGCGCGGGGCGCGGGGUGCCGUGGGGCUGCGCCGCGCUCUGCCUGCUGAGCCUGCUGCCCUGUGGCUUCACCAAUGACAGCCUGACUGCUGACACCACAGAGGGGUCCACCUUGAAUGGAUCUUCUUCAUCUGUUUCCACCACUGUAUCCCACCCGGAAACCACAACGCCACUGACCCUUGAAAGUACCACCACCUCCUAUGGCCCUUUGGACAGCACGGGGACCACAGGUGCCGCCAUCUCAGGAAUAGUCAACGUCACGUCUACCUCUGGAACCACUCCGGUCUCUGAACCCACAAACGCUUCCAUCCCAUCACAGAUCUUUCUAAACACCACAGUGUUCAGUACCACAGAACUCACCAACACAGAAAAUACUUCCGCUCCAAAUGUGACCUUGAGUCCCGGCAGCACGCCAUCUGUCAAUGUUUCCGAUGAUUCUCUCACCCCCACCAGCCCUGAGAUGACAUCACCCACCAAGCUCUACACAUCUGCCCCAAGUGCCACCAAGGGCGAAAUCAAAUGUGUAGGAAUUAAAGAAGUGAAAUUGACUCACAGCAUCUGCCUGGAACUAAACAAGACCUCCAGCUGUGAGGACUUUAAGAAAGACAGAGGAAAGGACCUGAUCCAGAUCCUGUGUGGGAAGGAAGAGGCUGACGCUGCCUCAGUGGACACUUCGUGCUCCCUGCUCCUCGCCCAGUCUGAGGUGAAGCCUCAGUGUCUGCUGGUGGUCUUGGCCAACAGCACGGAACUUUCCAGAAAAUACGAUGUUUUGAAAAAGCACCGGCCUGACCUGGAAAAGUUGGGCAUCCAAAAUUUCAGUGAACAAGAUGUUGGGGUCCACCAGAGCUAUUCCCGAAAGACCCUGAUUGCACUGGUCACCUCAGGAAUCCUGCUGGCUAUCUUGGGCACCACUGGCUAUUUCCUGAUGAACCGCCGAAGUUGGAGCCCCACAGGAGAAAGACUGGGUGAAGACCCUUAUGAUACGGAGAACAGUGGAGGCCAGGGCUAUAGCUCAGGCCCUGGGGCCUCCUCUGAGGCUCAGGGAAAGGCCAGUGUGAACCAAGGGGCUCAGGAGAACGGGACCGGCCAGGCCACCUCCAGAAACGGCCAUUCAGCAAGACAACACGUGGCUGAUACCGAAUUGUGACUUGGCUGGGUGGGGCAAGACAGGAGGUGUCCAAGAAAGCAGCCCUCCCUGCCUCUGACUGUGGGUCACCUGCAAGGUGGAGGUGAUGUCCCUCGCAUCCUACCUUCUCCCAUUGUGCACACCCCAGAUGCUGCCCCUGGGCCGCUUUGAGGGGAGGCAGGUACACUCCAGCCUUCUGUACUUCCAGCUCUCCAAACCCAGACUCCGGGCUUCCUUAGUUUCAGGUGUGGAGAAAAGCCAGGAUCCAGGGGUCUGCCGUGGGGGCUGUGGGCCCAGUAGCAGCCAUAUUGGAGUUGCCAGCUCCUGCCCUCCUUCCCUUCUACUACAAGAACCCAAGGGGGAAGGGCGGUCUUUCCUAAGCUCCAGCAUUUUCUUAGGAGGCUUUUGCUUUUACUGAUCCUUCUAUUUUCUUUUUGUACUUUAGGGAAACCAAAGUAAUGCCUUGAGCCUGCUCCCCUUGAAUAGCACAGCCAGAAAACAUACUUCUUAAGCCAUUUCCCUUGUCCUUCCAUGACAGCAGAUUUGGUCACCUGCUCCCCACAUGUCCAUAUUCCACUGAGCUCCACAUGGGCCUUAUCCCAUGCCUACAGAGGCUGGCAUAGUGCUUUGGUUGGAGCCUGGAUUUGUGCUCUCCAUGUACACCACUCAGUCCUGGUCUCUGGGCCACACAGACUACCCUUGGGUCACAGGACGGGAUCUUCAAGCAGAGCUGCCUGCCUCGUGCUCUUCUGAGGCGCUCUCUUGCACUAGGGCAGGGCUUGGCCUGCUCUUCUGACCUCAUGGCCUGCCCCCUCUUCCCCUGCUCCCGGUAGAGUUGAGCCUUGGAGUCCCCCAGUAGACUCCUCCACCUCUGUCUCUGCCUUCCCAACUGAACCCCUUCAUGGUGCUGCACCCCUUUGGUUGCAGCCCCAAGACAUCUCCCCUGGGACCCCAAGCUGCCUCCUCUGGGGUAAUGCCCGCCUUGUCAUUUUUCCAGAGGAGUGAGCAGGGUUCCUGAUUUCAAUGACGGUUGGAAAUAGAAAUUUCCAGAGUUGAGAAGAUUGUUUUUUUUGAAUAAAAAAAAAUAGGUGUGUGUAAAUACUGUAAUUAAAGUGAUA